AAAUAAAAUCAAGAAUUUAAGUCGAAGUAUCGAUAUCGGAACUUUAUUAUUUGUUUGUAAAGUAAAAUGGAUAGCGAAACUGUUGUAAACCAAAUAAAACUGAUAAAAAGUUGCGAUUUUGAUCGGCAAUCCAAUAUUUUCAUAGAAGAAUAUCUAAAUAUCAUUGAGUCAAUAACUUUUUUUGAUGUGACUUCUGAAAUAGUUCCAAUAACUAUUUCCGAGCUGCUUGAUACGCAGCUUUUCCUGGAUCAUUGCAAGGAUGAUGAGCGAAUAAAUAAGUUUUUACACUGGCUCUGUGAAGUUUUCACAAAAAAUAAAAGUGCGGAGGGCUAUGCCUUACAAGCAAUUACAAAAGUAGUCAAAUGUAAUCCCAAAUAUCGUACAAUGAUUUUCGAGUAUAUAUUCAGUCCGCAGUCGUUUAUUUACAGUCGUAUUGAAAGCGAAAUUGAAGUAGUAAAAUGUAAUAAUCAUACUCUACAUAUUUUGGAAUGUGCGGAUGUAAUAUUUGAAGAUUUGCCGAAGGAAGAAAUUUCUCCUACAUUUAAAGCAUCUAUCAUAGCCCUAAUGAAAUCUUUAAUUCGCACACAAUACUCAAACUUGAACUCCAGUCAGUGCCCACAUGUUGUGUUUUAUACACUUAUUUUACUAAAGAAGCUAACUGGCAUUUGCAAGGAUCAUAUUGAACCCAACAUGAAUGAACUUUUGGGCAUUUCUUUAGGAUAUAUGUCAUUUGGCAUUCAAAUAAAAGAGAUAAGUGGAGGAUGUCCGAAGAAAAUUAAGCCAUCUCAAUAUAUUCAAAACACAUCAGAUGAACUUGACACAUGCGAACCAAGUGCACAUCAACAGAUAAGAGGAAAAUUUACAAAGCCGAAGAAAAAUCGGGAAAAAAAAUGCAAAGAAAUUUUAAAUCCUGUAUUUGAUUCUAUUUAUAAGGAGUCUACUUUGGAAAAGUGUGAAUAUCCAUUGGAAUAUGAUAUGAAGAAGAAAAAUGAAAUGAACGGUGAAAUAUCCAGUAAAAUACGUAUUGCCUCAAUAGCACUUUUCGGUGAUAUAAUUAGGUCAGUUGAAAAACGGGUCCUUUAUUCUUAUUGGCAGUCAAUACUGCCCUUCCAUGUGGAGGAUAACUGCCUUUGUUAUAAUGACAUCCUUGUUGUGUGCCAAUCGGAUUUAAAUUCAAAAUGCCGCGGUGUCGCGUUACAAGUUUUUACGGAACUUUUAUUAAGCUUAAGGUCAUUAUUGAGCCAAGCUGAAUUUAAAGAGCGAACAUCAUCAUUCUUACCAUUUUCUCAAAUGUUGGGAAUAUCAAUUUUGGCAGCUUAUAAAUCGCUAACAUAUGUUAUAAAUAAUGAAGAAUCCAUACAUGUUUUAAUUCAAUCAUUAAAAUGCUUGGCUGCUUUAGUUGAUGUAACCCCGCUUAUUAAACUUGGAUAUGAAAUAAUUUAUGACUUCGUAGCUGGAAUAAAAAGUCUUCUAAUAAACAAAGAUUUCACCAUUCAAGUUUCUGCCCUAACGGUACUGGAGAUGUUAUUAAUAAAGGCUGAAAAUUCUCCGAACGCUCUUCACGCUUUGGGUAUAUCAAAAAAUAAAAUAACUUUGACUGAUUGUAAAUCUUCGGAAGUCCCGACAGCUGCAGAAAAACCCAACAAGGCCACGGUUCAAAAUGUCCAAUAUUCAAGUUUUGAGUCGUCGUGGCUGAUUUCGAAAGUUCUCACGUAUUUAAAAAAUAGUUUUCAAUUAGGCGUGCCAAGUGAAAAAAAAAUUCCUCUUCCUUUACGAAUUAAAAGUAUUCACUUGCUAACAGCGAUGUCAACUCACUUUGAGUUAUUUUUAAAAGACAACUUAGAAGAAGUAGCAUUUGUGAUAGAAAAAGCAGUUUGCGACGAACAGUUCGAAGUUCGUUUGUACGGAUCAAAAUGUUUGGAAGCUUGUACUUAUCACAUGGGUGUAUUUUUAAAAACCAAUUUAAGUGAGGAUAAUAUAGGUAUUUGUAAAUGUUUCUGGAUUCAUUUACUACCAAUAAUUACAAAUCAAAUCAAAAAGGAAAAUGAAACAGUUGCAAUAAAGAUUACCUUGUGUGAUGCGAUUUCUAACAUUGGUGCAAGCAUUUUCGAAACUCUGCCAGAAUUUAUUCGUAUUAACUUACUUAGUUUCUUAUCCGGUGUUGGCUGUGAUUAUUCAGAAGAUGUGCAAUUAAGAGCUACUAUUGUCCGCACGCUAUCUGUUUUCGUUACCUUUCCUUCAAUGCGCUUAAAUCUUGUAUUUAUUGAAAACACUGCUGAGUUAAUUUUACGUUUAUCUGGCGAAGGAAACAUGGUUAUUCGUAUAAAAGUAAUUUGGUCUAUGGGAAAUGUUACCGAUUCUUUACUAGAAAAUAUUAACCAUAACUACCAUGAACGCAUUUCUGAUGGCAUAUUAUGGCAGUUGAUUCAGCACUCUACAGAAGCUUGUAACGAUAAUGAUAAAGUGAGAUGCAACGCUGUGCGUACGUUAGGUAAUUUAUUACGGUUACUGACUGAGAAACAUUUUUCUACUUUAUCAAAUAGAACGUUGAUCAAAUGUGCUAUAAUCAAAUUAAUUGAUGGUAUAAGAUCUUCUGGAACAUCAAAAGUCAAAUGGAAUUCGUGUUACGCAGUUGGAAAUAUGUUACAAAAUGAAAACAUAUUUUUGUAUUCAACGAUCAAUGAUGAUAUGAAAUGGCAAUCAUCACUUUAUACCGCUGUUUGCGAUGUUAUAUCGGGGCAUCCAAAUUAUAAGGUGAAAAUUAAUGCCACUAUGGCUGUGAUUCAUAUAUGUAGGCGAGAGUAUUACGGUGAAUACUACGAAGUAAUCUGGAGCACAGCAUUAACAGCUGUUGAACAAUCUCACAAUUUAAUAAAUUAUUAUGAAUACAACCAUAGAGAUCAAUUACAAGAAAAGCUGUGUUAUUUAAUUUCCCACAUGAUCGAAUUGGCGCAUCUUAACGAUUUCAUCAUGUUAUCUCGAAUACUACUUAAAAGAAAAGAAGUGGUAAAAAGUACAUGGAUUAGGGUGUUGAGUCGAAUGAUUCCAGAAAAAGCUGCGCCUUUACUUUCGUGUUUAACGAGACUUGAGGAUUUAUUAAAAACUGAGACACUUAGUUCUGACCAAAAUAUCGCCAUUACACAUGUCAUUGAUGCUAUACCAUCAUGUUUUUAGUAAUAAAAUAGAAACGUUUUAUUUUUGUAACAUA